AUGAUCAUGGACCCGAUUCUGAAUCAGUACGAUGUGAUUGUGCUGGACGAGGUGCACGAACGACACUUGGGAGGAGAUCUUUUGGUGGCGUUGAUGAAGAUGUUGAUUCAACGGAGAAGCGAUUUGAAGUUGAUUCUGAUGUCAGCCACCAUCAACAUUGAUCUUUUCAGUAAUUACUUCGAAGGGGCACCGGUUGUUCAAGUGCCUGGUCGACUGUUUCCAAUAGAAGUACAUUACAUGCCGGUCAAAGAGUAUGACAUAACUGAAAAGAAAAAGUCAUGCAAGGUCGAUUCUGCGCCGUAUUUGAAAAUCAUGCAGGUAGGCUUGAAAAAUGUCUUUAAAAUUUUUAUAUCUUUUCGAUAUAUAAUGUAAAUUACUUUAACUAUCUUAGAUGAUAGACAAUAAAUACUCGGCAAAGGAGCGUGGUGAUGCUCUGAUCUUCUUAAACGGUAUUGGCGAGAUUCAGAUGCUCGCUGACGCUCUCAAGGAGUACGCUGAGUUCUCAAAACGAUGGAUUAUCUUAAUGUUACACAGGUUGGUUACAAUACUUUAUUCUAUUUUUAUAUUUAUUUAAAAGAAUCUUUUGCAAUAAUCAUAUUUUUCAAUUUAAAUUUUAGCACUUUAUCAGUGGAAGAACAAAACAAAGUGUUUGAUAUUGCCCCGCCUGGUGUAAGAAAGUGUAUAUUGAGUACCAACAUUGCCGAGACUUCAGUGACUAUCGAUGGCAUCAGGUUCGUGUUGGAUUCUGGCAAAGUCAAUCUUCUGAAAUACGAUUCCUCAACUAGAAGUCAUCGCCUAACUGAAUGUUGGAUCUCUCAGGCCUCAGCCAACCAACGGAAAGGCAGAGCUGGCAGGACUGGACCUGGAAUAUGUUAUAGACUAUAUUCAGAACACCAGAUGACCAAGAUGGAUGCCUUUACUCCGUCUGAAGUCAAAAGAGUGUCUCUGGAGUCUCUGAUCAUGCAGAUUCUGAAAAUGGGAUUGGAGUUGGAUGUUCGAGACUUUCCCUUCCUAGAAGCACCGAAUGCAGAAGUUCUGAAGCAUUCCCUGGAGACCAUGAAGUUCCAAGGAGUUGUUGAUGCUACUGAUUCUAAGCGUCUGACCGCUCUUGGAACUAUCCUGGCUUCUUUACCAGUCGAUCUGCUGAUUGGAAAGGUAAGUUACUGACUCUUAGAAUAAUUAGUCAGGAUUCUACUGAAGUUAGUGUAUUGUAGAUGUUGAUUUAUGGAGUGAUAAUGGAUGAAGUUGACGUGAUUCUUACGGUUGCUGCUGGAUUGUCUGUUCAGUCGAUUUUUACCAACAGAUCCUUUAGGGAUUACGAUACUGUACAGAAGAGGACCAGUUUGUUAUCAGAUAUUGGGGAUGCUUUCACUUUGAUCAAAGUUUACAGGUAUGAAGUUGUUAAGGUAAUUUUACUUUAAUUUUGUAGCUAAGUGAGACCAUAAGAAGGCAUAUUUUAGUAUUUAUUUCAAUUGUUGUUUUAGAGAGUGGGUGUUGUUGAGAAGGAAAAGAGAAGAUACAAAGAAGUGGUGUCGCAAAUCUGGCAUUGAAGAAAGCAGACUGUUCGAGAUUGUCAAGUUAAGAAGACAGUUCAAACUGAUUUUGGAGCAGGCUGAGCUGUUAUCUAGCAGAAUAGACGAGGAGUGGGAGAACCUGAGCAGCAAAGAGAGGAAGAUCAAGUUGGGAGAGAAGAGGAAACUGAACGAGUUGAAGAAGAAGGCACACCACGAGACCAGAACUCGGAAGGAACUCAAGGAAGGACAACAUUUCGACACUAUUCUUGACCAAACUGAUGGUAAGCCUCAGAGAAAAUUUAUUUGGGUCAAGUCUUUCUUUUGCGUCAAAAUUCUCUUUCAAAGUUUUUUUCAAACUGUAAGAAAUUGUGAAUUUUUAUCUUUAGUUAUUCAAAUGUUAUCAAAACUAUGUAAUACUUUAAUGUAAUUUACUUGCAGAAAAUACAGAACCACAAGAUGACAUCAACUCACUGGAAUUCCAAGUUUUGAUCGACGAUGCUGACAUGACACAGCAGUUGAACAGUCACAAGUUAGACUUUGAUAGAGGGCUGAUAAUACAAUUUAUCAUAAGCAUGGGGCUAUAUCCUCACCUGGCUAUCGAAGAUGCUCACAAUAAUCAUCGUACUGGCUCUGAACAGUUUGCCCAUUGUGCUACAAAACCCUUUACUAUAGUUCAUCCCAACUCUUCGUUGUCGCCUGAGGCAAUGGAGAUCAACAAGGACAAACACGGUUUCUCUGAGGGACAUCAGUUGAUCUUCUACGGACUGCUUCUGGAGACCACGAAGCCAUUUUUGUGCAACAAUACUCGAGUUCCUGCUUUGUUAUUGACCUUGUUUUGCAGAAAUGUAAGUGUUGUGCUCAUAUGUUGAGUUUUUGUAGUUUCCAUUCAGAAUUGUUUGCUAUUCUUGUAUUGAUUUUGGGUUUCUAAAAAUAUUUUUUUAGGUAUCAAUGACGUCUCCAACAUCUUUUUCUUGCGAUGGUUUUGCUGAUUUUGUAUUUAGAACUGAGCAUGAUACUAAACGAGUACUAGAAAAAGCUACAGUAAUCCGAGAGAUGAUUCAAAACACGAUUUCGGAAAAAGUCUUGGGAAAUGAUAUUGGUUAUGCUACAACAGUGUUAACGAAGAAAAUAAUCAAAUUCUUCAAGGAUUUGAGGGUGUUUAAGUAAGUUUGUUUUGAUUUGAUGUUUAAUUGAUAUUAAUGUAUAAAAGAUGUGACAAAUCAGUAGAACCUUUUAUUUUAGUAGUUUUAGCUUGGUAAUUGGAUAUUGUAUUUCAGGUUGAAUCGUUUUGUAAAUCCGCCAAAAGAACUCUCGGAUGGUAUAUUUGGACUCGAUGGUAAUAUGUUUGGGGAGACGGAACAGGUCGAGGAUUUUAUCAAGCAAGAGGUAAGUCUUAUUUUUGAAAAUUAUUCAAAUUUUGAAGGAGGAAGAACCAGAAAUGGAAGACGUUGUUGAGGAGGUGCCCCAGAAGAGGGGAAAGAAAAGUUAUUUCUGUGAAAACUGCCAAAAAACACUAUACUUUGAUAGCAACGUAGAUAUACUACAUCACAAAAGGGGUCACGACUAA